UUAGGUACCAUUUGCCUUCUAUUAUUUUGUUUCUUUUACUACAAUGGAGAAGCUCAGGUAAAGUCAGAUAAUUGGAUAUGUAUAUUCAAUAACAGGAUAAACGAUAUUUUCACAUGAAAUAAAAACGUUCACAAUACGAUUUCGCCAUUAUAUUCAAAUGAAAAGGUUAAUAUUGAAAUGUUUGCUAAUUUUGUCAGUCCUCAUGCUGUAUUGUCUACUACAAUCGUUCAUUGGAGUCAGCAAUGAUUUAAAUCAGUUUCAAACAGAAAAAUACAGUGAAGUUAAAAGAAUUUGUGAAUAUUUGCUCACAACCAAAGGUGUGAAUCCCAAUAAUGGAGUUUUUGAAAGUAUUCAGUCAAAUCGGGACCAAAGCUCUAUGUAUUUAUCAAAUCCUCAUAAAUGUGAAGAGUUUAAAUUGUUCCAAGGUCAUGUCAUUCAAUCCUCAAUUGAAGAGAAACUAUUUCCUUUAGCAUUCAGUUUAUCUGUUCAUCAAAAUAUUAAACAAGUAUCACGUCUACUUCGACUGAUAUACAGACCACAUAAUUUGUAUUGUAUUCAUGUAGAUUCUAAAUCUCCAAUUGAAUUUUAUGAUCAAGUGUUAGAGUUGGCCCGAUGUUUUGGUUUAAAUGUUAUGGUGCUGAACCGGACAGAAAGUAUAAAUAUUCAGUGGGGAUAUUAUUCCUUACUUGAAGCGUUUCUUGUAUGUGCGGACAAAUUAAUAAAAAACACAGACUAUAUGUGGAAAUAUCUAUUGAAUUUGAGUGGACAAGAAUUACCUUUGAGGACAAACUGGGAGUUGGUUGCAGCAUUGAAAGCAAUAAACGGAUCAAAUGUCGUUGAAGGCUUAGGUCCAAAUUUCAACCCUUCACGUUGGCCUAACAAGAAUUUCUCAUUUCCUAUUAUUUGGACCAAGGGAAGUUUUUACAUGGCAUUAAAGCGCGAGUUUGUUCACUUCUAUCAAACUGAUCAAAAAGCAAACGAAAUUCUCAAUGCGAUGAAGGAAGAAAGACACUUAAGAAAACAUCCAGAUGAAUUAUUUUUUCCUACACUAACUCAUAAUCCACUACUUGGUUCCCCUGGUGCUUGUAAUGAAAUUCAUGUUACUAAUCAUUCAGAUCCACGGAAAAUUUUCGUAGCUCGUUAUGUAACAUGGUAUCAUGAAGGUUGCAAAAGUCCAAGAAUGCGCCGUAUUGUUUGCAUUAUAGGCAUAAACGACCUUCCGUAUAUAACGUCACGAGUUGAAUUUUUCGCCAAUAAGUUUCAUGAUGAUUUUGAACCGAUUGCAUAUGACUGCACAGAGUAUUAUAUCAUGAAAAAAGUUUUAAACGAGAUGACAAGUAAACAAUUAGAUCCAAGUUUUAAUCUCACACAUUACUCUAUAUUGCAUUGUUCACAAAAUCAUAUCUAAUUUCACAAAACGCUUAGUUGAUCAUCACAGUCAACUUAUGUUCACUUUCAUUUGUUCCUGUUGAUUCAUUUUAAUAAUUCAGAUUUUACUUAUUUUUGAAAACGCUAUUAAUUGUAAAAAACCACCACAGA